AUAUUGUCAUUUGAGAGCAAGCAUGUAGCUAGCAUUUUCCUAGUGUUUUAUUUUCCUAUAAGCUUUUUUAGCAUUUAAAAUUUAAUAAACGUUCCUUAAAAAUGCCUUGCAUAGCUUUUGGACGAUUCGAUGAUUCAUUCAGCUUAGGGUCUAUUAAGGCCUACAUUGCUGAAUUCAUCUCUACUUUACUCUUUGUCUUCGCCGGAGUUGGUUCCACUAUUGCUUACAACAAGGUGACAGCUGAUGCUGCUCUUGAUCCGUCUGGGCUUGUAGCUGUUGCAGUUUGCCAUGGGUUCGCGCUCUUCGUGGCAGUUGCCAUUAGUGCUAAUAUCUCCGGUGGUCACGUAAACCCUGCUGUCACUUUCGGAUUGGCUCUUGGUGGCCAAAUUACCGUUCUCACCGGUCUCUUUUACUGGAUUGCUCAACUUUUGGGUGCCAUUGUUGCUUCUUACCUCCUCAAAGUUGUCACCGGAGGAAUGGCGGUUCCAAUCCACGGUGUGGCUGCUGGAGUAGGAGCUGCUGAAGGAGUGGUGAUGGAAAUAAUCAUUACAUUUGCUUUGGUGUACACAGUGUACGCCACAGCAGCUGACCCGAAGAAGGGUGCAUUGGGUACAAUUGCACCCAUUGCUAUUGGUUUCAUUGUUGGUGCUAAUAUUUUAGCUGCAGGCCCGUUCUCUGGCGGUUCAAUGAACCCAGCCCGUUCAUUUGGACCUGCUGUGGUUAGUGGAAACUUUGCUGGUAUUUGGAUUUACUGGGUUGGACCACUUGUUGGUGGUGGGUUAGCUGGUCUUAUCUACAGUAAUGUGUUCAUGAACCAUGAACAUGCACCUCUAUCUGGCGAUUUCUAAAUUCUAAAUUAAUGAUUUGUACGUUGUUUGAAUUUAUGUUGGGUCUAAAAAUCCACUUGCUCCCUUUUUUUUUGUACGUAAUAAAGAA